GCCGCGGACGAAAAGAUGAUUCAGAACAGCGGUCCUUUCAUGUCCCCGAGGCUCCGGGCUUUGAUUUGAUUCAAACAAUACCUCAUUUUUGUUAGUUUUUUUUUCUGCCUUUGUUCUUAUUAUAAGACCUCGGGGACCGAGGGGGAGUUUCACUAACCGAGAGGAGAUGCGUCCACCAAAACGCGGAUACAUUGUCCGGACAGGAGCGGAGGAGAGGAGCAUGUAACCCGGAGAACCGCACCACCGCCACCUGACACUUCUCUAACCCUCUCCUCAUUAUUCCCCUCCAAAUGAAGGGCUUCUCCACGUGUUGACCCAGUUCUCGGCGCUGUUUGGGAAUAUUUCUCUCCGGGAAAAAUGAGCGAAGAAUCGUCUGAUGUUCCUAAAGAGCUUCUGGAGAGCGUGAGGGACGCGGUGGGGAGGAAGGUGAAGUUGUCACUGAGGAAAAGAGUCAAAUUGGAAAUCAAAGGAGACAAGACGGAGAACAGAGUUUUGGCUCUUGCGACUCACCGAGCCUACCUCCUAACAGCACGCAUUCCAGCAAAGGUGGAACACUCCUUUAAUUAUCUGGAGAUCCAGGGAAUAACUUCCAGCAAGCCGACCCAGCUACUGGUAGAGUAUGAGCGAGGCUCAUUUUCAGUGAAGCUGCUCUCCACAGAGGAGGUGAAUGAUGUGGUCGCUCAUGUAGGAAACUGUCUGCUCAGGAUAUGUCCUGGUCUACCACCCAGUAAAGUGAUGAAGAAGCUUUGCAUGGAGCCUCCAGACCGACUGAGCUGCCUGCAGACUCUGUGGGAAAACAAGCCUGCUGAACCUGGACCUUGUGGUGGGUUUUCCCAGCUGUACCGGUGUGUGUGUGACUGGUUAGGACUACCUUACAGAGAAGAAGUGCAGUGGGAUGUUGAUACCAUCUACUUGACACAAGACAGCAGAGAACUCAACCUGCAGGACUUCAGCCAUCUAGAGAACAGGGAUCUGGUAGCUAUAAUAGCAGUCCUGGAGUUCAACCAGUGGUUCACCAAGCUGUCUACCAAGGAUUACAAACUGUCUGCAGACGUAUGUGAGCAGAUUCUUCGAGUGGUGUCUCGAUCCAAUCGACUAGAGGAGUUGGUGUUGGACAACGCAGGACUCAAAACAGAGUUUGCCCAGAAACUCGCUGCUGCCCUGGCCCACAACACCAGCUCAGGACUUACUUCCAUUAAUCUUGCUAACAACCCACUGGAAGACCGAGGUGUUUCUUCUCUUGCUGCGCAGUUUGCCAAACUUUGUUUGGGCCUCAAGCAUUUAAACUUUUCCAAAACCUCACUCUCACCCAAAGGGGUGAACAGCCUUUGCCAGUCACUGAGUGCCAACCCAUCCAUCGCCAGCAGCCUAGUCCAUCUGGACCUCUCAGGAAACAUGCUCCGAGGAGACGACAUGCAGCAUUUCUACAACUUCCUCGGUCAGCCCAACAGUCUGGCAACUCUAGACCUCUCCAACACAGACUGCGCACUGGAUCAGGUUUGCUCAGCUUUGCUGCGAGGCUCAGCGCAACACCUCUCUAUUCUCAAUGUGUCCAAAAGCAUCUUCCCUCACAGGAAAGGCAAAGAGGUGCCUCCAUCAUUUAAACAUUUCUUCAGCAGCGCCACGUCUCUCAGCUCCAUCAAUGUGUCGGGAACCAAGCUGCCGCCAGAGGCUCUGAAAGCACUGCUGCUUGGCCUGGCCAGUAAUCCCAGUUUGAAGGACGUCUCACUGGAUCUCAGCUGCUGUGAGCUUGGGCAUUGUCUUCGUUCGGGUGGCUCUCAGAUCCUUGAAGGUUGUAUUGCAGAGAUCCCAAACAUUUCCAGUCUGGAUCUUUCAGAUAAUGGCUUGGACUCUGAGCUGUCCACUCUUCUUGUUUGGUUAGCCAAGAACCGCUCCAUCAAACACCUGUCUUUGGGAAAGAACUUCAAUAACAUCAAGUCCAAAAACCUUGCUCCAGUACUGGAUGGCCUGGUUCACAUGAUUCAAGAAGAGGAGUCACCCCUCACCUCUCUGUCUUUAGCAGACUCCAGACUCAAAAGUGACCUGACCAUCAUCCUCAAUGCCCUCGGCAGCAACUCCACGCUCACCAGGCUGGACAUCAGCGGCAAUGCUAUGGGGGACAUGGGAGCGAAGAUGCUGGCAAAGGCAUUGCAAAUCAACUCGAAACUCAGGACUGUAAUCUGGGAUAAAAACAACACCAGCCCUCAGGGCCUUCAGGAUGUAGCAACCGCUCUGGAGAAAAACUUUACCAUUCGCUUCAUGCCCAUCCCAAUCAUCGAUGCCUCGCAGGCCCUGAAGGCCAGCCCUGAGAAAACAGAGGAUGCCUUGCUAAAGAUUGAGACGUAUUUAUACAGGAAUCAUGAAACGAGAAAGUACCUCCAGGAGCAGGCUUAUCGCCUUCAGCAGGGCAUCGUAACCACAACCACUCAGCAGAUGAUAGACAGAAUUUGUGUCAAAGUCCAAGACCAUUUGAACUCACUGAAGAACUCCGAGGCUGACGCCAUCUUGGAAGACGUCAGAUCAGCGGAAAAUCUCAUCAAAGAUGCAAGAAACUCUAAAACGCUGCUCCGCAACCUUUACCACCUUGGAUCAGCAUCCAGAGAGGAGAUGAACAGUUCAUCUGCAGGUCCCAUCCAGGAGAAACUGGAGUCCAUGGCUGGAGAGGUCACCACCGUCAUGGAUCAGCAACUCCAGUCUCUGCUAGAGUCCAUGAUGGACACUGCGGAGUCUCUGUGUCCACAUGUGAUGAAGAGGGGAAAUCUUCGUCCUGAGUUGAUGAAGGCGAGCUCAACCAAGAUGGUUGUACCUAAAUGCUUCGUCACUCAAACCCUCCUGGAGCAGUCUGGGGUGGAUAUCAUCAACAAGAUCAGUGAGGUGAAACUGAGUCUGGCCUCCUUGCUGUCGGAUCGCAUCGUUGAUGAGAUCUUAGAGGCUCUCUCCACAUCACAGCUCACACUGGCAGACCAUCUUGUGCAACGAGGACGCCGCUUGGUGCAGCAGGAGUCUGUGGAUCUGGACGUGCCUGAGGAGAAGAUUCCUAAACGAGCGUCAGCUGAGAUUCUCGAAGCAGAAAGGCUUGAGGACCUGGAAACCUGCAUGACUCUGUGCUGCACCAGCAUGACUCCUAAGUCGAAAAGGAAAAGCAUUCACAGCAGAAUGCUGCGGCCUGUGUCUCGUGCCUUUGAGAUGGAGUUCGAUCUCGACAAGGCCCUGGAGGAUGUUCCCGUCUACAUGGAAAACGCCUCCACUUCGUCCCAAGCUCCUCCUACUCCAUCUGCAGGAGGGCCCAAAGCGGAGCAGCGUCCGACCGGAGCCAUCGCAGAGCUGCCGUCUGAGGAGGAGAAGAAACUGCAGCAUUUCACCAAACUACGACCGCGAAGGAACAAAAAGAUGCAUUCUAGUAAAGUAGCUCAAAUUAACAACACUCCAUCUCAAGAUGGCGGCGAACAAAAUGGCCUGAUGGGCAGAGUGGAUGAAGGAGUGGAUGAAUUUUUUUCUAAGAAAGUCACCAAGAUGGAUUCAAAACGGUCUUCAAAGAGCUCAGAAUCUCAAGAUGGAGAAAAGAAGAAGAGUAAAGGAGGAUUUCUGAAUCUCAUCAAGCGAUCCUCCAAAUCCGAUAAGUCUGACAAAUCUGACAAAUCAGAUAAGUCAGAAAAAAGUCAAGCAGCUCCAACAUCCUGUGGUGCGCCCGCAGCCUCUACUGCAGCCUCUGCAAUCCCAGAGGAGCCCUCCUCCCCAAAGGUGGCAGUCAGGAGCCCACCUCCUGAACCAAAGUCGAGAGACUCCUCCACCCGCUCACAGCCCACAGACUACAGCAGCAGCUCAGACCGGUCCGAAGAACUGAGGACUCCGGACUCCAUAGAUGAACCCUGGGAGGGCUCAGACGGCAGGGGAAGUCCUCAAGGCGGGAAGAGGUACACUGGGGUUCAGAUGAUGGGAAGUGGCCUCUUGGCAGAGAUGAAAGCAAAACAUGAGAGGAGAGCAUACAAGUCUUCCAGCCCUGACAGGCCUGACAGCAAUGCAACAGCCAAAUCCCAGUCCUCAACUACUGAAAGCAAGACUUCCAGUUGUCCCACUAACAAAGCCAAUGCUGCUGGUGCAGAAAAGUCUUCACCCCAUAGUGAAGCAAAGUCUGAACCUUCGGCUCGCCUCAGAGCUACGUCUUCCUCAACUUCCCCUGCAGGACCAGUAAAUCCUAAGCCACCAGUGCCACAAGGAGCAAAGCCAACCCUGGCUGCACGGCCCACCAUCCCCCAGAAGCCGAGGGCCAGCAGCAGCAGGAGCAUAGAUGAGAGUUCAGCUUCCCUCAUUGGCAGCGGCCAUGUAUCUCCCAAAAUUCUGCCAUCCACCCUAAAAAGGACAAUGUCAGAAAAAGACAAGGAGCCCGUUCUGCAGACCGGAGUUUCCACCAACAAAAGCCACCAGGAAGUGAAGUCAGCAUCAGAUGCUGCUCAGAGAUCCAGUCCUCACUGCACCAACGCUGAUGACCCGGGCUCCGUCAAAACCAAGGACAACUGUGCAAAUACAGACAAAAGCAAAGCAACCAGAAAGAAGUCCUCGGACUCGGGGGAAGAGGCAGAUAAGGAUUUUAUACUGAUAUGAGCCACUCACCAAGUCUCAGACUCCUUUAUAGAAAACUAACUCCAAGGGGAUAAAUCUCCCAUGGUUUAUUUUUACAAUAUGAUGCAUACCUGCAGGUCCAGUUUGACUACAAAGUACAAGUCAGACCUGGUAGGCAUGAGUUGUGCUCUAGAAGCAGAAACACAGUUUUGACCUUAAUGCAUGACGGAUAUGACCGCAGUGGAUGCAGAACGCCUCCAAAGCAAAAACCAAAACUGUGCUUCAACUCAUGAGAGCUUCCUUGAUCCAAACAGUAUUUUUCUCCUUUACUCAUCCUCACUUUUCUUACUAACUCUUCAGGGUCUGAGAAGAUGAAUCAUCAGGGUUUGGUCCUACUCACUUAGACCAUAAAUAAUAAAUCAUGAAGUGCAGGCAAAGCUUGAAAUCUCUAAAAAUAAAGCAGGGUGCUUUGAGAGAGUGUGAUUACAACUAACUACUAUUUUCUACUGCUUUGCUGCCACAGCUUGACACCCAGGGACCAAACACAACAAUAACCGCCACAUACCACUUCACUGUACUUGAAGCCAAAACAUAUUAGCAAAUCAGGACCGUUUCUGAUAUAUUUUUGAUGGCUUUUAUAACACUCUGUUUUCUGUAUGUUCUACUAUAUAGGAUUCAAAGUGACUGAAAAUGUUAUGCAAUUUCCUUUUUUCAUUAUUUGCAGGAAUAAGCAGGUUUCAGCUGAGUGUCUCAGCAAAGACACAGAUCAGAGAUGUGUGAUUUACUUUAUAAGUGGAACAUCUGCAGACUGAUGCACAUUAAGCAACAGUGUGUAUUGCUCCAUGUGAAAGCUGGAGUGGCCAUAUGAUGUGUUACUGCUUUGAGAGGACUGUGGUACACUUUGUCUUUACUGAUAAUCAGUAUGGCUUCAGCACUGUUAAAUUACUCUUUUAUAUUCAAACACUGUGGAAAAGAUUUUUUGCGUUUUUUUUUUUUUCAAUUUGAGAAAGGAGCUUUGGGAAUAUAUUUAAAGUGCAAUAGAGAGCUAUGUUUGGUUCUUUCUGGAGCAUAUCUGUAGUGUAAUUUCUUUAAAAGUUUUGAACUCUUUUUUGUUUGUUAUUUUUGUAAAUAAAGAACAUUGAGAAUUUGAAUUGCUCCUAGAAAGACUUGAAUCCCAUUCAUUAAGACUAUGCUAGUGUUCUACAUGUCCAGUGACAACAAGGAACUUACUGCAAAAUAGGACUGUUGCAUAAAGAAAUCUCAGUAGAACAAGACAGUUCGAGACAGUCUUAGUUCUUUGUGUAAAAGCAAAACACUGAAGGAACUCCAGCACACAAGUUUUCUUAAAUAGUCUGCCUCAUUUUGUCAUUAGUUAGAUUAGCGAUUUGAAAAAGUUCUUAAUUCUUCUUUAUGCCUAAGAAUAAAGAAAUGCACAGAAUAAAGGCGGCAAUCGUACUGCUUGUUUAAAAAACAGUAAUGCACUGUGUGGGGUGAAAGUGAACCGUCGGUGGGUGUAUAAUAAUUGUGUGGCAUCAGCUCGGCCGUCAGGCCGAUUCUCCUGUUUUGGUUUUAAGUCGACAUGCCUGUUUCACACUGCUGUAGAGUUUGACUAAUUAUGAAAAUGAAUUUGUGUAAUAAUGAUAAAAAUAAAAAAAAAACUCGUGUAAAUGAAUGAUGAUUAACACUACACUGUUUACAAUUUAAAUAUCUGAUUGUUUUCUCAAAUAUUUCCAUGCCAUACAAACACAGUGUGGGAUGAUCAUUACAUUUCUGUUCUGCUAUGUCAUGAUUGUGUUGGGGGUACUUCUCAAUUUUCUGUGACUAUUGUGAAUAAAUAGAAACAAACAAGAAAACAUAAUUGUUGCUGGGAUAAAUAAAAUGUAGAUUGAUGAAAUACAAUGCUAGAUUUCCAGGGCACAUGGCUGUAUUUUUAUUUUUUUCUAUGUGUCAGCAUUUGUGUGCAUUCUGCCACUGUGUGAAUGCAAUUGCAUGCAGCAAAAUGAACAGGGCUCCUAAAUAUGCAGCCUGAAUCAGAUUUUAAUCACCGUCCACGUCUGGGUAAAUCUGGAAAAUUGUCAGAAAAGUUUGAUAAAAUCCUAAAUUUCAAAAAACAAUGAAGAGUGACCUUUUCAGAACUGCAAUUUUUGAUUUAUUAAAUUAAAACUUAAAUUUUACGUAACUGAAAUUUUUAUUUUUUUGAUUACCAGUUUAAAAUCUGACGAAAACACUUGAAACAGAGUUACUAGAGUCUAAAUCCUGCUUCAUGUCUAAAUAUCAAGAAAGUUUCUAUCAUUUCUAUCUGUUUUGCUCAAAUAUUUGUUAAAGAAGAAUAAAGAAAAUGUUAUCCCAGAUUACAAAUUUUGCUUUAAAUGCUCAAGUUUUAUUGGUGGAUAUGUUUGUGCAGCCCUUUUUUUUCCACUUUAAAAGAUUCAGAUUGAAGUCGGGGCCAGAGCUCUGACUAGUGCACCUUUCCCACAAUGUGGUGUCUGAUGAUGUCCUUUUAUGGCGUUACAGGGGGCUGUCCUUUUCUAGUCACUCUUCACGGUUUACAGAUAUUAUUUCUAGUGUAUAUACUCAAUCUGUCCUGGGUGUACAUGAUGACAGAAUCAUCUUUUUUGUCUCUGAAGUGUCUCUGGACACUAAAAAUUACAGGAUGCUUCGACAUUGCAUGUUGUUUAAAUUUAAUACACUCAUAUGUGGCCAUUUCUGAGCUUUUCUUUUUGCAGUAGCAGUAGCAGCACAAUGCAGCACAAGAGUUUCUGUUGCAUUGUGAUGGAGACUGAAGAUAAGUUGAGAAUUAUUCAACAACAUGAGGAUCUGGUUCUUUCUGUUGCUGUUCAGUGUACAAACAUGCCAGUUCUCGGUAGCAUUCGGUCUAGAGGUGCCAGUCUGUAUGUGACUGCAUGAUGUGGCUGUGAGUAUUUCUGUAUGUACAUAUGUGCUUUCUUACAUAUAGGGCCCCAUGUGUUUAUGUGUGUGUCAGCACAUGUAACACAUUCACACGCCUAUGUGAAAACAUGGAAUCCUACGUUGUUUUGUACUAAGUGCACUACUAUACUAGGGAUCUGUUUGUAACUUAUUUGAAAUAAAAUAAAGCAACUGGAGGCUGAUGUUCUUUGUCGAUUUUUAUGUUUGUUGUCACUUUGAACGUGUUUUAGAAAAUGAAACAAACUUUACCUGGAACUACAUGAUAGAAAUUGAAUGUUUGGUCAUCUGUUUAAUUAAAUUGUUUCUUGUUCUGUCAUGACUUGGCAUGUUUUAAUCAUCCAUGUGUUGGGAGUUUUUAUGCAACUAUUAAUACUGAUUAAAGUUAUUUUACAUUC